GGCACGUGCGAAGCAAAAAGCCGGAAGGCGAUAUAAAACCUCCCGUUUCUCCUCCCGGUCUCUCUGCGGACUAAACACUGGGGUUUUCCGGCCAUGAUCUCGGCGGCGGUAGCGAAGGCGUCGUACCCGAAUUGGGGAUCCCGGUGCGACAGCCGCCACCACGGCCCAGGGGCCACCGUGAUCGAUGGCUACGAUCGCAUGCUGGUGAUGAAGCCCUAUGCCCGCAGGAGGAGAGGAGAAGAGCCCAAGGAGAAGUCGGCGGCGUUGGGCCCGCCGGAUUCGUCCAGGGUGUGCUCCGACUGCCGGACGUCGAAGACCCCUCUCUGGCGGAGUGGCCCCAACGGACCCAAGUCUCUCUGCAAUGCAUGUGGAAUCAGGUAUCGGAAGAAGAGGAGAAAAGCUGAGAUUAAUGGAGAAGAAGUUGCUGAGAAGCAGCAAAAGACUAAGACUACUACUACUGCUUCCAUUACUACUGCGACUUCUAUUAAAGGAAAAAAUGAGAACGCGAUGGCUUCUUCGGAGGUGGUGGGGGAGGAGGAGCUGAGGAGGAGGCAGAAGGAGAAGCAGGAGAAGAUGCUGCUGCUGCUUGUGGAGCGCCAGAAGCAGAGGAGGAGGGAGUUGAAGGCGGCGGCGAUGGCAGCUGCCCGGAGGGGUUUUGGCGCCGGCAAGGAGGAGGCGGAGGCGGCGCUCCUCCUGCUCUCCCUCUCCUCUUCUGGCAUUUUCGUCCAUUCCUAGUACUGGCUGACAUCCCCUACCACUCUUGGCCACUUCUUCCCCUUUUUUUUUUUUUUUGUCUUUUUCUGAUACAGAAGAAGAGAGAGAAAAGAAAUAGAUCUUUUUUCCUUUAUUUUUUUUCCUUUUCUAAGUUAAUGGAUGAUGGUGAUAUUGUAAUUAAUUAUCUUGUUAUUGGAGUACUUGGGUGUCGAGGUGCUCGCCCCCCUCACUUUUGCCUGCAAUGUCUUCAGAGGAGAAAUUUGGUUUUGAGGUGGGGAAGGAGGGAAAUUGAAUGAAUGCGUGAACCGAGGAAGUAAGAAAAGUCUGUUGUUUUUUAUCGUUUGCGUGUGAGCAUUUUUUUGGUGGUGUUUAGUCUGGUGGAUUAAGAAUGUUUGUGAUAAGUGGGUGAUUUUACGGGAGUAAAAUAGUUUUUAUGG